AUGGCUGCUGUUCUCUGUACAUGCCUUGGCCUGCUGGCGGCCAAAGCCGUGGCCAAUCCUCUCGAGCAGCGCCAGUCAACAGUGACGGCUGUCGUAAACUUUAGCAACAAUACAGGGACCCCCCAGCACCUCGCUUCCGGUACCCUCUAUGGUCUGCCCGACGACACGACGCAGAUCCCCUCUGAGGAACGCUUCGCUACCGUUCUCGACAAUUAUGAGACCACUAGGGCUCACGGCGGAACCUUCAUCCUACUGAUCCAUGACCUGUGGGGUGCUGAUGGCACUCAGAACUCUUCUGCGCCGUACCCAGGUGAUGAUGGUGACUGGACCAGCUGGGAUGAUUAUCUGACCCAGCUCUUCUCGGACCUGAACGCCAACAGCAUGACCACCGAUCUGGUUGUUGAUAUCUGGAAUGAGCCCGACCUCACUACUUUCUGGGAUCGUACCCAGACUCAGUACCUGGAGAUGUGGGGACGGACCUACUACAGGUGGCGUGCGGAAUAUGGGACCAGCGUCCUCCUCUCGGGCCCUGCCAGUGCCGGCGAGCCCUUGACUUCCAACACCUGGUGGCAAGCUUGGGCAUCCUUUGUCGCCUCCAACGACAGUGUUCCGGAUCAGUACGCAUGGCACAUGGAAGGCGGCGGUGGUGACUUGCUGUCUGCCCACGGCGGCCUAGUCGCCUUCCAGAAGGAGUACGGCUUAGCCGCCAAGCCCAUCAACAUCAACGAGUACGGCACCUACGCUGAGCAGGUCCCCGCUGGGUCGGCAUGGUGGAUUUCCCAGCUCGAGCGUAUUGGCGCCCAUGGUCUGCGCGGGAACUGGCUUAGCGGCUACGAGCUGCAUGACUUCCUCGCUUCACUGCUGAGCAAGCCUGAUAACCCCGACAAUGGCGACUACUCAGCAACAGCAACAGGAUAUUACCCGAACGGAGACUACCAAGUGUACAAGUACUACUACCAGAACAUGACCGGCUACCGCGUCGGCACAACGCCAUCCUCCGAUCUGAAGCUGGACGCCUAUGCCACCGUCGGCACGGGCACGGCGAUUGUCCUGGUCGGGGUACGCAUUACCACAGGCACCUGGACUCUGGAGCUCAACGACCUGUCCUCCAUUGGUCUUCCCACCUCGGGGACCCUCAAUGUGCAGACCUGGGGGUUCCCAGUCGCCUCUGACGUCCACUAUGGCGAGGUUGAUGGCCCGACGAAUCUUGGUGUCUACGGUCAUGCUUACACGGAUAACACCGUCAGCUUCCCCGUCUACCAGACUGACGCAACCACCGCCUAUGCCUUUGAGUUCUCAAUCUGA